AUGAAAUUUACAAAUACAUUAUUUGGUAAUCUCAAUAAAAUUCAUUGGAAUAGACGUGUUUGGGAAAUUGGAUAUAGAGGACCAAAUUUAUCCCAAAGAAAAGCUACUGGAAGGCCAAACUAUCCUGUAACUCCUUAUAGAGUUGCGUUAUUACGAGAAAGAUUUGAAAGGGAAUACAGUGUUAUGAGAUACCUUUCUACACCAUAUUUGACAAAUGAUAAAGAACAACCUUAUUGGGAUAAAUAUGGUAGUCCAGAAGAAUUAAGAUUAGCUAAACAAAAGGAAAUUGAACAAGCCACUAUGCCAGGAAAACCUAAAAGAAUUAGUGAAUUUAAGAAAGCUGAUAAAAAAGUUGCAAAUUUAGGUAAUAUGCUUCAUUAUAAUAGAACCGUUGAAGAUUCUUUAAAAGACCUUAUUAGAAGAAAUCGUUGGGAUUGA